CACUGAUCGAAACAAAAGGUUUAGGGAGAAAAGGGAAUUUCCUAAAACGAUGGACGGUAAGGAUAAAUAAAGUGCAACCCAUAUUAGAGUUUAUGGAUUGCUGCUGAAGCUCUUUCUCUCUGUUUCUAUUGGCUUCCUUAGACUUCUCCGUCGAUUAACCUUGCCGAGGGUCAUUAUUUUUGUGUUCCUCUCGGCUUUUGCUUGUCAUCCAAUAUGAGUUUCUCUGGAGCUGCAGUUGGUUCAGGCAGAAAUUUAAGAAGAGCGGUAGAGUUUGGGAAAACUCAUGUGGUUAGGCCCAAAGGGAAACACCAAGCGACUAUUGUCUGGCUACAUGGCCUUGGAGACAACGGCGCGAGCUGGUCACAGCUUUUGGAGACGCUUCCCCUUCCAAAUAUUAAAUGGAUAUGCCCUACUGCUCCUUCUCAACCAAUAAGUUUGUUUGGUGGUUUUCCCUCCACAGCUUGGUUUGAUGUUGUGGACAUCAAUGAAGAUGGACCUGAUGAUGUAGAAGGACUGGAUGUGGCUGCCGCACAUGUUGCAAACCUCUUGUCAAAUGAGCCUGCUGACAUCAAAUUAGGUGUUGGAGGGUUCAGCAUGGGUGCGGGAACAUCUCUAUAUUCUGCAACUUGUUUUGCUCUCGGUAAAUACGGAAAUGGCAAUCCUUACCCUAUUAAUUUAAGCACGGUCAUAGGCUUGAGCGGGUGGCUUCCUUGUGCAAAGACACUUGUUGGCAAACUAGAAGAGGAACAGAUCAAGAACCGAGCUGCAUCGUUGCCCAUUUUAGUCUGUCAUGGAAAAGGUGAUGAUGUGGUGCCGUUUAAGUUUGGUGAGAAAUCUUCACAGGCCUUGAUGUCACAUGGCUUUAAGAAGACCACCUUCAAAGCUUACACUGGACUUGGCCACUACACAAUCCCACAGGAGAUGAAUGAGUUGUGCACUUGGUUGACAUCCACUCUCGGGCUCGAAGGUUGAUGAGGCCUUUCAUUGAUGUUGCUUUCUGAUGAAAAACCACAAACUCGUUGAGAGUUUCAUUGAUUUGGAUUGGAUUUUUUCGGAUUUUCACUUUAAGGUGAUGUUACGUUGGAGGAUUUAUCGCGAAAUAAUGGGAAGAAGAAAACAGAGAUGCUUGCUCUCUUCCUCUCCUCUUCUUCGUAUACAGCUCUCUCUCUCCUCUCCAGAUCCGUGACUCUAGACUUAGCGAAACGAACGAGACUCUCAGCUCUCACAAUGUCGAUGAACCUAAGAACCCACGCGUACGCAGGCAAUCCCUUGAGGUCCAGAACCCCGAAAUCCACCGAUCCUUUCUCACCUUCCUCCGCUUUCGAAUCCCUCAAAGCCUUGAUUCCAGUGAUCCCUAAUCACCCCACACCUUCCCCCGAUUUCAAGGUCCUUCCCUUUAGCAAAGGACGCCCUCUGGUGUUCUCCAAUGGUGGAGACGCUUCUACGACGCCUAUCUGGCAUCUGAGCUGGGUCAGCUUGGCUGAUUGCAAGGGUUUGUUGACGAGCCGUGGGGCUGAUCUGAACGAGGACUCGCUUGUUUAUCUAGGACCUAAGGUGGAGGAAGAUUUGGUGUAUUGGGCGGUUGAUGUGUCGGAGGAAGACGGCGUGGUUUCUGAGCUGGGAGGGAGGAAGCUGUGUUUCGUCGACCUUCGAACCUUAAUGGUAGCUGCUGAUUGGGCGGAUCAACGCGCUAUGGAUGAAUUGGCUAUUGCCGGCCAUGCCAGGGCAUUGCUUGAGUGGCACAACGUAUCACGGUUUUGUGGAUCUUGUGGAGGUACCACUGUGCCAAAGGAAGCAGGAAGAAGAAAACAAUGCUCAAUCGAGGCAUGCAAGAAGCGGGUUUAUCCCCGUGUUGACCCGGUGGUUAUAAUGUUAGUUAUCGAUCGAGAAAAUGAUCGCGCGCUUUUAAGCAGACAAUCUAGAUAUGUACCGAGAAUGUGGAGUUGCUUGGCUGGAUUUAUUGAGCCAGGGGAAAGCUUAGAAGAAGCUGUGAGGCGAGAAACAUGGGAAGAGACAGGCAUUGAAGUAGGAGAAGUUGUCUAUCACAGCUCUCAGCCUUGGCCUGUGGGACCAAGUAGCAUGCCAUGCCAAUUGAUGCUCGGGUUCUUUGCUUUCGCCAAGACUCUUGACAUAGACGUAGACAAGGAAGAGUUAGAAGACGCUCAAUGGCACAGUAGAGAAGAUGUGAAGAAAGCACUGACGUUUGCAGAAUACAGGAAGGCCCAGAGAACAGCGGCUUCAAAGAUAGAGCAGAUAUGUAAAGGUGUGGAGAGAAGCCAGAGUCUAUCAACCGAUUUCAAUGUGGAAAGCGGUGAGCUCGCUCCGAUGUUCAUCCCGGGGCCAUUUGCCAUUGCUCACCACCUGAUCUCAACAUGGGUAGAUCAGGGUUCUGGCAAUGUUCACUCUAAACAGCAAGCCGGUCUCUCUCUCUCAAGUUUGUAGCUUGGAAGUCAUAGACUUUGAUGCUCAGAGAGAUUAAACGAUUACUAUUUGCUUUAAUGCUUAAUUUGAAUUGUAGUGUCCUCUGUGUACGGACUUGCCGAACUUAUCAUAGUUUGUUCUUAUCUAAUUUACCCUACAUCAAAUGAGUGUAAUCUAGUUUGAAAAACUAUUAUUUUUAGAAAAAAAAACUUUCUUUCCCCAUCUAAUUUAUUGUUUUUAGUUUAUUACAAUUAUGAAAAUAAAAUGAUAUUUUUAC